AUGCUCAAGAUGAUUCUGAUAAUCUCUUUAGUGAUUCUGCUUCCUGAAGUGGUUCACUCAGCUCAGGGUCACUACGCUCACAAACUCCUGAGGGAUUUGAUGGAGAAUUACUCCGAAGCCCUGAGGCCUGUGGAGGACACAGACAGCGCCCUGAACGUCACCCUGCAGAUCACCCUCUCGCAGAUCAAAGACAUGGAUGAAAGGAACCAGGUGCUGAUCGCCUACCUUUGGAUCAGGCAGACGUGGCACGAUGCCUACCUGAAGUGGAAUAAAGAAGACUACGACGGGCUGGAGGUCAUUCACAUCCCCAGCAGCCUGGUGUGGCGGCCUGACCUCGUCCUCUAUAACAAAGCCGACGAUGAUUUCUCGGGUCCAAUGGACACAAAUGUGAAACUGCGCUACAAUGGAGAGAUAACCUGGGACGCUCCGGCCAUCACCAAGAGCUCCUGUGUCGUGGACGUCUCAUACUUUCCCUUUGACAGCCAGGAAUGUAACCUCACCUUUGGAUCCUGGACCUAUAAUGGCAACCAGGUGGACAUCAUUAUGGGCAUGGACAGCGGCGACCUGUCAGACUUUGUGGAGAAUGUGGAGUGGGAGUGCCACGGGAUGCCCGCCACCAAGAAUGUCAUAAUGUACGGCUGCUGCUCCGAUCCGUAUCCAGACAUCACCUACACUGUCCUCCUGCAGCGCCGCUCCUCCUUUUACAUCUUCAACCUCCUCCUCCCUUGCUUUCUCAUCUCCUUCUUGGCUCCUCUGGGCUUCUACCUGCCUGCAGACUCCGGGGAGAAGGUUUCCCUCGGGGUGACCGUUCUUCUGGCUCUCACCGUGUUCCAGUUAAUGGUGGCAGAGAGCAUGCCCCCCUCAGAGAGCGUGCCCCUUAUAGGGAAGUACUAUAUCGCCACCAUGACCAUGGUCACAGCCUCAACAAGUCUCACCAUCUUCAUCAUGAACAUCCACUUCUGCGGCGCCGAGGCCAAACCCGUCCCGCACUGGGCCAAGGUCCUCAUCAUCGACUAUAUGUCCAAGAUAUUCUUUGUUUACGAGGUGGGAGAGAACUGCGCCUCCGCUUCCUCGUCUUCUCAGUCCCCCCAGGACGAAGCACGCCACCAGCAAAUGAAAAACCACGUGCAUUCUAAUGGGAAACCCGGCGGCCACGGUGGCCGGGAGGACAGGCAGGCUCACAGAUACCCCAGGCCUCAAACGCCCAAACUGCCACAGCAUCCCAGGGUCAAAGUUCAGCACCACAUCACUCGGGAGGAGAGCAGCCACCUCUCCGGUUUUGCGCCGAUCCGAUACGAGAACUCCAACGGCAAAAUACUGACAGGCGACUAUCGCAAAGAAGACCAGAAGGUCCCAUGUUGUCCCGAAGACCAGAAGCUUCCCUGCUGCCCGGAAGACAAGAAGCCUCUGCCUCACGGCCCCACGGUGACCUUUGGCCCCUGUGUGUUCUGCAGCUAUGGCGGUGGCAUUCCUGGCGUGGACGCCAAGCUGGUGCACAACGUUGAGUAUAUUGCCAACUGCUUUCGAGAGCAGAGGGCCACAUGUGCCAAGGGGGCGGAGUGGAAGAAGAUCGCGAAGGUGAUGGACAGAUUCUUCAUGUGGAUUUUCUUUGUCAUGGUUUUUCUCAUGAGCAUCCUCAUUAUUGGCAAGGCACCGUGA